UCUUGCCGAAGCUCCUGGCCAAAUAAAACCCUUCCUUCUUUAACUUGGUGUCUGAGGGGUUUUGUCUGUGGCUUGUCCUGCUACAUUUCUUGGUUCCCUGACCAGGAAGUGAGAAGAUUAAUGGAUGGUCGAGACAGCCCCUUAGGUGGCAUAGGCCUGCCCUGUGGAGCAUCCCUGAUGGGGGCUCCAGCCAGCAUGAGUGAAGCAGAUCCUGAGAGCGCUCCCAGGUAGGCAAUUGACCCUGUGGAAUGCCUCGUCAGAGCAGUGCACAGCAGGCCCCUGCAGAGGAUCAAUGCAGUGGCUGAACACCAUGAAGGAACUGGCACUUGGAGUCCGGACAUCUAAAACUUGCACCUUUUCUGCUGCCAUGACAACCAUGCAAGGAAUGGAACAGGCCAUGCCAGGGGCUGGCCCUGGUGUGCCCCAGCUGGGAAACAUGGCUGUCGUACAUUCACAUCUGUGGAAAGGAUUGCAAGAGAAGUUCUGGAAGGGGGAACCCAAAGUCCUUGGGGUUGUGCAGAUUCUGAUUGCCCUGAUGAGCCUUAGCAUGGGAAUAACAAUGAUGUGUAUUGAAUUUAAUACUUAUGGAAGUAACCCUAUUUCCGCGUAUAUCGGGUACACAAUUUGGGGGUCAGUGAUGUUUAUUAUUUCAGGAUCCUUGUCAAUUGCAGCAGGAAUUAGAACUACAAAAGGCCUGGUCCGAGGUAGUCUAGGAAUGAAUAUCACCAGCUCUGUACUGGCUGCAUCAGGGAUCUUAAUCAACACAUUUAGCUUGGCGAUUUAUUCAUUCCAUCACCCUUACUGUAACUACUAUGGCAACUCAAAUAAUUGUCAUGGGACUGUGUCCAUCUUAAUGGGUAUGGAUGGCAUGGUGCUCCUCUUAAGUGUGCUGGAAUUCUGCAUUGCUGUGUCCCUCUCUGCCUUUGGAUGUAAAGUGCUCUGUUGUACCCCCGGUGGGGUUGUGUUAAUUCUGCCAUCAAAUUCUCACAUGGCAGAAGCAGCAUCUCCCACACCACUUAAUGAGGUUUGAGGCCACCAAAAGAUCAACAGACAAAUGCUCCAGAAAUCUAUGCUGACUGUGACACAAGAACCUCACAUGAGAAAGUACCAGAAUCCAACUUCGACACUGAUAGACAUAUUGAUAUCAUUAUUAUAUGUCAUCCAAUUAUGAACUGUGUGUGUAUAGAGGAUAAUAAAUUUAAAAUUAUGUUCUCAUUUCUUUCCCUGGAACUCAAUAACUCAUUUCACUGGCUCUUUAUCGAGAGUACUAGAAGUUAAAUUAAUAAAUAAUGCAUUUAAUGAAGCAACAGCACUUGAAAGUUUUUCAUUCAUCAUAAGAACUUUAUAUAAAGGCAUUAAACUGGCAAAUAAGAUUUGGAAGCAGAAGAGCAAAAAAAGGUAUUGUUAAAAUGUGGCCUCUAUGCAAAACACAUACUUCCCUCCCAUUUAUUUAACUUUUUUUUCUCCUACCUAUGGGGACCAAAGUGCUUUUUCCUUCAGGAAGUGGAGAUGCACGGCCAUCUCCCCCUCCCUUUUUCCUUCUCCUGCUUUUCUUUCCCCAUAGAAAGUACCUUGAAAUAGCACAGUCUGUCCUUGCAUGUGCACAAGCUAUCAUUUGAGUAGAAGUAUACAUGGAGUAAAAAUCAUAUUAAGCAUCAGAUUCAACUUAUAUUUUCUAUUUCAUCUUCUUCCUUUCCCUUCUCCCACCUUCUACUGGGCAUAAUUAUAUCUUAAUCGUAUAUGGAAAUGUGCAACAUAUGGUAUUUGUUAAAUACAUUUGUUUUUAUUGCAGAGCAAAAAUAAAUCAAAUUAG